GAACACCACGCACGCGAAGCCAAGGCCCGCGCUGCCCGAGCCGCCGGGGCUCUGAGCGGCACCGGCCGGAUGGCGUGGGGAACCCGGCUCGAGAAUGCUCGCCUUAUCUACACAAUGCUCCACCGCUCUAUCCUUACAUAUGGGUCAGUGCUCUUCCACAAACCUGGGGAUAUCCCCCUAGGGCCGGCACGUACCAUGAGUAGUACCCAGCACGAUAUGCUCCGACUCCUAGCCGGGGCCUUCCGGGCUACGCCAGCGCACCACCUAGAAGCUGAGCUUCAAAUCCCGCCCCUCCAUCUAUACAUGACCUACCGCAGCGAACGCUCCCUUGCGCGGUUCAAGAAUAACGGGACUCUUGCGAGGGUCCGCGCCGCGUCUGCCGCGGUGGCGGGCCUCCAGCGGCUCCCUUGUCGCCAGCGCUACCGUCGCCCCCUCGAGGACUACCACCGUCAGUAUAGUCGCGAUCUUCUCGGGGCCGGGCCGGCCCCCGAUCGUAAAACCCUCUCCAAGCACCUGAACGAGCGCUGGCAGCAGCACUGGCUGCACCAGGAGUCCGCACGGCUCUCCCGCUGGAGCAGCGCACAAGGCCACCGACCGUCGAACUGCUCAGAGCUCCCACCUCGGCUCCGCACUGGCCGCCUGCCGGCGCCCUACCGGGGCGGGAACACCCCAAAACACAUCUCCUCCUUGGUGCUGCAGAUGAGAACUGGAAAGAUUGGCCUAAACGACUUCCUAUUCAGCCGGCGUGUACCCGACCUGGUAUCGCCUCUGUGCCGCUGUGGAUCCGGGCGGGAGACCGUGUUCCAUAUGAUCUUACACUGCGAACUCUACGACCGCCCGUCGCUGUCGACUGAGGCGGCUGUUCGCCGAGCUCUCGACGAACCCGACGAGGCCGCGCGACUAGCGCGAUGGCUACUAGACACAGGCCGAAUCGGCUACCUCACGGCAGCGCACCGGACCCACGAUGGCCGACCUGGACAAGCAACAACUAACUGAUAUCACUAUUUCCUUAUUCGUUCUUUAUAGUUUUGUUUACCUGUAUAUUUAUUUCUCCUGCUGUAUUACUAACCUUUGUCUCCUACUAUCCGGUCCAGCGUCAUCUCCGGCCUGAACCCUCCACGACACCGGCAUGGACCUACCGCGGCCAACCCAAAUAUAGGGUUUUUUCUUUGUUUUUCCCCUAUAAUAUAUAUAGCUAGAGCUAGAUAAGCUAGAUAGCUUCCAUUAGCCUAAUAAUAAUAAUAAUUAUAAAUAAUCAUGUCUCUUCUGCAGCGCUGACUCUAGUUGCUGGUGGAUGGUCUAGUACACCUUGUAGCCUGGCUUGGUGAGUCACUCGCGUCGCCAACAGCAGCCCUUAAAAUGCAGUUUAAACAGGCUUGUUUUUAAUAACAAAAGAAACAUGCAAUAUAGCUCAGUGGAAGAGCGGUGGGCUCAUAACCCAUUGGUCCCUAGAUCAAAACUAG